AUGGGGAAUUUUGCAGCAAAUGAAGGGCUGUCUGUGUUUGUCAUCUUUGUCUGGUUUGGCAUCAACGUCUUCCUCUUCGUUCACUUCUACCUGGCUUUUCUCACUCCAAAAUGGUUCUACACCAGGGUCCUGCUUGGCCAUGCCUUGUCCUGGGCCAGAGCUCCUGCUGCGUGUCUGAACUUUAACUGUAUGUUGAUCCUGCUGCCGGUCUGCAGGAACCUGCUGUCCCUGCUGCGAGGAACCAUCCAGUGCUGCAGUCGAACCGCAGCGCGACAGUUGGAUCGCAACAUCACCUUCCAUAAACUGGUGGCUUAUAUGAUCGCCUUCCACACAGCGGUUCACAUCAUCGCUCACUUGUUUAACUUUGAGUUCUUCAUGAACGCCCAGUUGGACCAGAACCGGACUCUGCUCCCGUUCGUUCUCUCUGAGAUUGGAACCAACGACAGUCUGCCUUUCAUCAACCCCAUACGCAACAACCAGACGUCCCAGACAGUAGUCCUCUUCACCACAGUCGCAGGUCUCACAGGAGUCGCCAUCACUCUCGCUCUCAUCCUAAUCAUCACCUCGUCCACUGAGGUCAUCCGCAGGUCCUACUUCGAGGUCUUCUGGUUCACACAUCACCUCUUCAUCAUCUUCUUCAUUGGACUCGUCUUCCACGGAUUCCAACGGAUAGUUCGUGGUCAAACCGAUGUCAGUCUGAGGUCGGAUCCUCCAGAGAACUGCUCUGAACUCUUCCAGGACUGGGGCCAGAACGGGUCUCAAUGUGCGGUGCCCGAGUUUGCGGGAAACGCCCCAGUGACCUGGAUGUAUGUGGUCGGCCCCAUGUUCUUGUAUCUGUGUGAGAGACUCGUCCGAUUUUACCGAUCACACCAGAAAGUCGUCAUCACAAAGGUGGUGAUGCACCCGUCCCGGACCCUGGAGCUGCAAAUGCGGAGGAAGGGUUUCCGGAUGGAGGUGGGACAGUACGUGUUCGUCCAGUGUCCCGGCGUGUCCCGGCUGGAGUGGCACCCCUUCACCCUCACCUCAGCCCCAGAGGAGGACCACUUUAGCGUCCACGUCCGCAUCGUGGGCGACUGGACCGAGGGGCUCUACAAGGCCUGCGGGGGGGACCAGCCAGGACAGCAGCAAGCCUGGAGCCUGCCCAAGGUAGCCAUUGAUGGUCCGUUCGGGACGGCCUCUGAGGACGUGUUCCAGUACCAGGUGGUGAUGCUGGUGGGAGCUGGGAUCGGGGUCACGCCCUUUGCCUCCAUCCUCAAGUCUGUGUGGUACAAGCACGUCCAGAAGAACCAGGAGACCUUCACCAAGAAGAUCUACUUCUACUGGCUGUGUCCGGACACUGAGGCCUUCGAGUGGUUUGCUGAUCUGCUGCAGUCGCUGGAAAAACAGAUGAAUGAGGGAGAUAUGAGCGACUUCCUGAGCUACAACAUCUACCUGACGCGCUGGAAGGAGCAGGAGGCGGCUCACUUCCGUGUUCAUCACGAGGCGGAGAACGACCCGAUCACAGGACUCAAACAGAAAACUCUGUACGGAAAACCAAACUGGGACAACGAGUUCAGCUGCAUCGCCUCCAAACACCCAAAGACUAAAGUGGGCGUGUUCCUGUGUGGACCUCCACAGCUCGGGAAGGCUCUGGAGAAACAGUGUCUGUCGCACUCAGAGGACGACGUCAAGUUCAUCUUCAACAAGGAGAACUUCUGA